CCUGAAAAUUUCCGUCCCUCCGUCGCGGCUUUCCAGCUGCCCUCCACCUCCUCCCAUCGUGGGCGUCCGUAAAUUGAGUCGGAGGGGGGAACCCGGGGAGGUCUUGGGGAAGCUCGGAAAGGGGGACCUCGGAGAGACACCCACCACCUUCUCCUGAGUCCCCGGGGCUGCUGAAUCACCGGCGAGGAGUCUACAAGCACUUGAAUGAGCCUGACACCAGCUUCUGCCCCUGAGUGCCCAACGUGACAGCAAGGAGCCCUUUGGUAGCCCCUGGCAUGCCCCACCUCCCCUCAGCCUGAGUUGGCGGCCCCUGCCCCUGCCACCGCCACCCUGCACUGUCCCGGCUCCCCCGAGGUUCCCACGCUGCGGUGCAGCCAAGACCCUUCCCCACAGGGGCCACCCCCACCACCUGCCCCUGGUGCCCGGGGUGGCCCAGCCCGUAGGGCCAUGAAGCUGCAGGCUGUGAUGGAAACCCUCAUUCAGAGGCAACAGCGUGCCCGGCAGGAACUGGAGGCCCGGCAGCCGCCGCCACCCCCACCACCCGAGCCCACUGGUAUCCGGGCUCGGACCACCGUGGCGGAUGAGGACAGGGAGCCUGAGAAUGCCCGAAUGCAUAGGACGCAGAUGGCUGCGCUGGCUGCCAUGCGAGCCGCUGCUGCUGGCUUGGGACAUCCAUCCUCUCCUGGUGGCUCUGAGGAUGGGCCUCCUGGCUCCGAAGAUGAAGAUACAGCCCAGGAAGGGACUCUGGGUUCACCCAUCCUGCGUGGAAGAGGCCGGGAGGGCCCAGGACACACGGAAGGAGAGGGGCAUUUGUUGGACAUGGACUCGGAUGAUGACACGAAGCCCAAGUGGGAAGAACAAGACCUGGAAGAGCUAGGGGAGGAGGAGGAGGAAGAGGAGGAGGAGGAGGACUUUGAGGAAGAGGAGGAGGAGGGCCUGGGCCCGCCAGGGUCUGCCAGCCUUGGCUCUGCAGGCCUGUUUGCCCCCAAGACCCAACCUGCUCGGGCUUUCCGUGGAGAUGGUGGUCCCAGGAUGCUGGGUGGCCCUGAGCGCCUGGGACCUGGCCCAGCCCACCCCACUCACACGGCAUCCCAGAUGCCACUGCCAGACCACGGAGACUGGACGUUUGAGGAGCAGUUCAAACAGCUCUAUGAACUGGACACGGACCCCAAGAGGAAGGAGUUCCUGGACGACCUGUUCAGCUUCAUGCAGAAGCGGGGCACACCAGUGAACCGGAUCCCCAUCAUGGCCAAGCAGGUCCUGGACCUGUUUAUGCUGUACGUGUUGGUGACUGAGAAGGGCGGCCUUGUGGAGGUCAUCAACAAGAAACUGUGGCGGGAGAUCACCAAGGGGCUCAACCUGCCUACCUCUAUUACCAGUGCUGCCUUCACACUGCGGACACAGUACAUGAAGUAUCUUUACCCCUAUGAGUGUGAGCGGCGAGGCCUGAGCAGCCCCAAUGAGCUCCAGGCCGCCAUAGACAGCAACCGCAGGGAGGGCCGGCGCCAGAGCUUCGGGGGCUCGCUUUUCGCCUACUCACCCAGUGGAGCCCACAGCAUGCUGUCCUCACCCAAGCUACCAGUAACUUCUCUGGGCCUUGCCGCCAGCACCAACGGCAGCUCCAUCACCCCAGCACCCAAGAUCAAGAAAGAGGAAGACUCCACUGUUCCCAUCACAGUCCCAGGCCGCCUCCCUGUGUCUCUGGCAGGCCACCCCGUGGUGGCAGCUCAGGCCGCUGCUGUACAAGCAGCAGCAGCCCAGGCAGCUGUGGCAGCCCAGGCAGCCGCCCUGGAGCAGCUCCGGGAGAAGCUGGAAUCCACUGAGCCUCCAGAGAAGAAGAUGGCCCUGGUGGCUGACGAGCAGCAGCGCCUCAUGCAGCGAGCUCUUCAGCAGAACUUCCUGGCCAUGACAGCCCAGCUGCCCAUGAACAUCCGGAUCAAUAGCCAAGCCUCUGAGAGCCGCCAGGACUCAGCUGGGAGCCUCACCAGUGCCAAUGGCAGCAACAGUAUUAGCAUGUCAGUGGAGAUGAACGGUAUCGUGUACACAGGGGUGCUGUUUGCUCAACCACCGCCCCCCACACCACCUUCCGCCCCCAGCAAAGGUGGCAUUAGCGGCAUCGGGACCAACAACGCCGUGGGUAGCCGGACAGGAGCCAGCGGCGGGACCAGCAGCAGCCAGGUGGGGCUGGCCGGGGUAUCUGCGCCCCCCACAUCUUCUACCUCAAAUAACUCCUUGCCUUAAAGGAAAUCAAGUUGUAUUGCUUGCCCACCCGCCAUGGAGACCGCAUAGCCACACAGGGACCUGGAACAUCGUAAGAAUUCCAGCGGGCCGGGCAGAUUCCCAAGGAGCCACACUGACGCCAAAAAGGAGAAAGAAAUUUAUAUAUAUACAUAUAGAGAGAGCUAGAUAGAUAGAGAAGCAGAUUUAAUAAAUCAGGGCUAAGAACACUUGAAUCUCUCAGGUUUUAGAGACUUUGAGAAACGGAUUUCACAAGGGCCACAAGGCACCUCAAAGCUGAAGGAGGCCACCUUUCCAGAGGCUUCCAUGGGGUCCGGCUUGACCAACCCGGUUCAAGCACGUCUAUUUACCUCACAAAUCCCCGCACUGUGCCCUCUCUCUCCUUCUGGGAAGGCCGGGAUGGUUGUUUGUUUCAUUCUCCUUGGAAGCUAUGAUUUUUUUUUUUUUUUAAAAAAACGAGAUCUCAACAUUCAGAUGCAAUUUUUUUAAGGUUUUGGGGUUUCCAAUUUUGUAAAUAUUCUAUUAUAUUCUUGAGGGCGGGGAUUGGAUCUUAGGAAGAGUCCUAUCUGUAUAUCUAUAUAUUUGUGUUCAUUCAGGGAAAAGGACAAUUUUUUUUUUAAGCAAAAGUACCAGCCAUGGCCCCCAGCCUCUGUCACCACAGAGCCCCUGCGGUGUCCUGUGGUAGAGUCAGGCAGUGCUGGCUCUUGGCGAACUCCACAAUUUUCUCUAGUCAUGCUGGGCCUUGCCCACUGGCUCCAUCAUUCAGGGACCUGGAUUGCUUACCCAGGACACAAAAUCUUCUAGAAACGGGUAGGGGGAGCAGCACACGGAAUGCAGUGGCCUCCUGUAUCUCAGGGAUGAAGAUCUGGACUCUGCCUGGGAGGGUUGCUUCUAGGGGAGACGGGAUGCACCAGGCCUAGCUCAGGGCAAGGAUUCUUGCUGAGACACGCACAGUGCCUCUUCCUGUCUGUAUCACUCCCCCCCUUCCCCCCCUGCUGCUGGGACAGCAGUUGAAUGUGACCAGGAAGGUUCCUGGUCUGGUGUGUCCAUAUCACAGUUUAGGUAAACUGAGCCCGGUGGCAUAGUCUAGUCUGUCAUCCUGGCUGCAGGGAGGGUCAGGCGAGAGGAUGAGAGGUCAAGGUUAUCCUUGACUGCGCGGGCAGGUUCAGGCCCACGUGGGCUACUUGAAGCCCUGUCUCAACAAAGCAAAGUAAGAUGAGGCCAGGGGCAGUGGCCACACCUAAUCCAGCCCUCUGUGAGUAGGCCAGCCUGGUCCAUACAGUGGAUUCCAAACCACGAGAACCUGUCUCAGAGAGAAAGAAAAGAAAAUUACACCUCAUCUAUCUGGAACCACCAGGGCAGAAAUGAUGCCAUCUCCCGCUGGAUUGGGGGACCUUUCCUGGACUCUGCUCUGAUCACUGUCCCCAAGGGAGCUGGGACCUGCUUGUCCCUCAGCCCCAGGAGUCCUGGAUCCCCAGUCACCCCACUAAUAUGUUUUGACUGUGGGGAGCAAACCCUCUUCUUUCCUGUCUCAGGGUUGUUGACACCCCCUCCCAUCCUUCUAGGAGGGGAAAUCUCAACUUUUCCUUCUGGAAGCUUCUGCCUGCCCCAUUUUGGGGCCACUGUUAGCCGCACAAUCAUUCCUGGUCACAGGUGUUGAGGGGGUUUUUGUCCCCUUCUGACAACUUUGUGCAAAGUCAGCCUCCGUCUGUGAGUACCUGACUUGGGGUGACGGGGGUCGCCUUGGUGGCCACAUCCAAGGCGUGUUUCUACCUCAGGUCUUUUGAUGCCAAAAAGAAAAAAAUGCAGCCGGGUCACCCACUUUUCUGAUCACCUGCUCGAGUCCACAGUGGGGACCAGUGUCCUAAUGUCCACUUGUGUCUGGGUCUGUGAGUGGCCAGAAAGCACCUAAUCCUAACUCAGGGGACCUUGCCCAUCAGGGCUGUGCGAUUGUAGAGGGGUCCUCUGCUGGACACACUCGGUGACCCUCCAUGGUCAGGUCUGUGCCUCAGUUGCCCCACCCGGCCCUUGGCAUGUGGUACAGUUGGCACUUGUUAGGCAAGCUGGAAUGGGGACAGGGCUGGACAUGGUCACUGUCCGCCUGGCACCUCAGGGCUAAGAGGGUGGAGGCAGGCCAGACCCCCAAACUCAGGGCAAAGAGGGUGUAAGGGCAGGCAUAGGCUGCUUCUAGAACCUUCCCAGGGACAGGCUGUUUCUACAACUUUCCUGGUGGCCCUUCUGCUGGCCACCAGGCUGUCUGUCUGUCCAGCAGCAGU